AGAGAGAGAGAGAGAGAGAGAGAGAGAGAGAUGAAGACAGAAGAGAAGGGAGGAAGAGACAAAGAUGAAGUUCCCCAGCCAAAGGAGCUCGAUGCUGGUGCUCUCUUCGUCCUCAAAUCCAAAGGGUCAUGGUGGCAUUGCGGAUACCACCUGACGACAUCAAUAGUGGCGCCGCCUCUACUGUCUCUGCCGUAUGCGUUGAGCUUCAUGGGUUGGUUCGCCGGAAUCUCGUUCCUGGUCGUCGGAGCGGUCGUGACGUUCUACUCCUACAACCUCCUCUCUCUCGUCAUCGAACACUACGCCUCCCUCGGCCGCCGCCACCUCCGCUUCCGCGACAUGGCCCACGACAUUCUUGGGGCGAAAUGGGGAAGAUAUUACGUGGGCCCCAUACAGUUCGCAGUCUGCUAUGGGGCGGUCGUGGCUUGUACUCUUCUUGGUGGACAAUGCCUCAAGGCAAUGUAUUUGGUGUGGGACCCAGAAGGGGGAAUGAAGCUGUAUGAGUUUGUGGUGAUAUUUGGGGUGUUGAUGCUGGUUUUGGCCCAAAUCCCAUCAUUCCAUUCCCUUAGACACAUCAACUUGGUCUCCUUGGCCCUCUGCCUUGCCUACAGUGCUUGUGCCACUUCUGCUUCCAUCUAUAUUGGAAAUUCAUCAAAGGGGCCAGAGAAGGAUUAUAGAGUAAUUGGUGACGCUGAAAGCAAAGUGUUUGGCGUUUUUAACGCCACCGCUAUUAUUGCCACCACUUAUGGCAAUGGAAUCAUCCCCGAAAUCCAGGCGACAUUGGCGGAACCGGUGAAGGGGAAGAUGAUGAAAGGGCUGAGCAUGUGCUACACAGUGGUGACGGCCACAUUCUUCAGCGUGGCGAUUUCCGGUUACUGGGCGUUCGGUAACAAAGCCCAAGGCCUUGUUCUCUCCAAUUUCUCCGACCGGAACGGGGUCCACUUCGUCCCCAAAUGGUUCAUCUUCCUCACCAAUCUCCUCACCUUCCUCCAGCUCUCGGCCGUCGCCGUGGUUUACCUACAGCCGACGAACGAAGUAUUGGAGAGUUUGUUUUCCGAUCCGACGAGAAAGGAGUUCUCGGCUCGCAACGUGAUCCCGAGGUUCAUCUUUAGGUCGAUGUCAGUCGUCGUGGCGACGACGGUAGCGGCAAUGCUCCCGUUCUUCGGAGACGUAAACUCGUUGAUCGGAGCGUUCGGGUUUAUGCCGUUGGACUUCAUUCUUCCCGUAGUGUUCUUUAACGUGACGUUCAAACCGUCGAGGAGGAGUUUGGUGUUCUGGAUAAACACCGCGAUUGCGGUUGCGUUUUCGUGUUUAGGAGUGAUUGCGGCUGUAGCCGCGGUUAGACAGAUCGCGAUUGAUGCCAACACGUACAAGUUGUUCGCCGAUGUGUAAAAAAUAAAAGAAAUAAUAAAUAAGAAAACUUGCGAAAACAAGACAUAUCUUUUUUUUUUCAAACAAAAAA